AGGCAACCUUUGUGAUCAAGAAUGCAAAAACACCUUGGGCAGUUACACAUGCUCAUGUUUGUCGGGAUAUGUCUCCACGGGCCCAACUUCUUGUGAAGAUAAGAACGAAUGUCUUGAAGAUCAAUCAAACGUCUGUAACGGGGUGGGGGAAGAAUGCGAAAAUAUUCCCGGAAGUUUUAGAUGCGGUUGUGCAAAGAGGUUGAACAUGGUCAGAGUUAAUGGAACGUGUAUAUUCAAAGAAGAUAACAACAUUGUGGCUGAUCUGGCUCCAGCACCGCCAAGCGCCAGACAAGAUCAGAUAGAUAACGCCGUUCAAAUAACGUUGGCUGACUAUCAGAACUCAAAUUACACUUUGGAUGCUGACGUGCGAUUUAAAGACUCUGUUGUUAAAUUGCUGAAUGACUUUUGUAAUGAGAACACGCUCAGGCCACAAGAUUGCGGAGUUGAACAAAACCAGCUAUUUUUCAACGAGAAGCUCGUUAAGCGGUUGCCUGGCUACCCGGAGGAUUCGGGGAAUAACGCAAUAAUCAAGUUUUACGUCGAUUAUCCAAGCACCAUAUUCAUAAACAAGACGCUUGACAAAACCAUCUUAGCUUCUAUCGUGUUCGCAGAAUUGGCAAAGUUUGAACAGCUGAUCAGUUUAAACGUCACCCUGGACACUUCCGUCCUACCCGAAACGCCUGGUACCCCAACUGCGAAUGAGAUUAGUAACGCAGUACAACUGAAAAUAUUAGAUUUUUCGCCAAAUCAGUGGACAAUAUUUUACGACACCGUAUUUCGACGAUCAGUUGCUCUUGCUCUGAACAAAUACUGCAGAAUGGAUAACUACUCGCGCUCGCAAGAUUGCGGUCUUACCGAGUCGCAAAGCUUCAAUAACAGUCACAUAAAACGUCUGAGCGGUUCCCCAUCCCAAAGUGGAGGAGACGUCUUGGUCUCAUUUUAUGUAGAUCACCCGAGCAGUUCAGAUCCCGUGCUUCGAAAUGUACUUGCUUCAAUGUUAGUGACUCGAGAGACAGACCUUGAGAUUGCACUGUCACAACAAGUUGAAAUUCAGACUUCUGCUGAACCGGCUAAUCCUCCGGUUGCAACUAGUGAGCAAACAACUAACAGCGUGGUCAUUCGAAUAGCAUCGUUUGGCGCGAGUCAGUGGACGUACUUGUAUGACCGUCGAUUAAGGAAAUCCAUUGCAAAAAGAAUUGCUGAAUACUGCAGUGCUAAUCUGGCGAACUGUCAAGUACAAUCCGGAGGCUCAGCAUCGUUCAGUGAAUCCGAUGUUCAACGUUCUUCAGCUGGAACUCCCACUAAUGCUGGAAGCAACAAUAUUGAUUACAGUUUCUACGUGACAUACCCCGGCGAAAGUAAUCCAAUAACGAAGAAUGUAUUGGCUUCAAUCGUCUACCUUGAGAUAGAAGCAAUGCAAUCUGAAUCAUCACUCUUCUUCUCCCUGCAAACAUCGUUGGAACUUCCGGCUCCAACCUCGCCAAAUGCCGACCAAUCAAGCAAUACAGUCGUAAUUACGAUCCUUGGUCAACAGGCUAACCAAUGGCAUAGUUUUGUAGAUAACAAGUGGAGAGCUGCGAUAGCUACACAGGUUGGAAGUUUUUGCGCCGGCAACCUCGUUGUCUGUGGUGUUUCAAGUGAUCAAGUGUCGUUUGGAUUAUCGAACGUUACCCGAAUUGCAGGUUCCCCGGUACAAGAUGGUGAUAAUGUCACUUACACCUUCUUCGUUAAUUACCCGUCCGGCAACAAAACAGUGCAACGAAAUUUACUGGCAGGAAUUUUAGCCGAACGACUUGCACAGCUUAGGAACGCAACGGAGCUGGAUAUAUCAUUAAAAACUUCCACCUUAGCUCCCAAACCAUCAUCAACAGCCACUGCGGAUCAAAUUUCAAAUGCAGUUAACAUAUCUGCACGGAACGUCCAAGCAGAAAAGUGGUCUGCUAUACAAGAUUUGACUUUCCGAGGAUACGUAGCACAGGCGAUUACUGAAUUCUGUCAAGCAAGUCAAGCUCGAAAUCAAGAAUGUGAACUACCAAGUGGUCAAAGUUCAUUUACGAGCUCCCACGUGAAACUUGUGAACCCAGGUAAUCCAGAACAGAAUGGCGCGAAUGCUAAAAUAGAAUUCUUCGUCGAGUAUCCGGGAGGUGGAACUGUAUCACAGGCCAUUCUUCUUCUAAUUAUGAAUGAACAACUUUCUUCUAUUCAACAAAAUACUGGAUUGCAGCUCACUGUGUUAACGACAGUCGAGAUUGUUACAGAAAAACCACCGACGGUGGAUAAUACGCAAAAUGCAAUAAAGGUGGUACUGAAAGAUUUCCAAGCCGAUCAGUGGUCUCUCCGUGAUGGACUGUUCCGAGAAAACAUGGCAAACGCAAUCAAGACUUUCUGCGCGAGAGGAACAUACCAUCGGAAUAUUUGUAACAUUUCAGAGGUUGUCAGCAACGCUUUUACCGCUGACAACAUUCAAAGGCUUCCGGAUUCGCCGACACAAAACGGGACCGAUUCCAUAUUGUCGUUUUACGCAACUUUACCACCAGAUGGCAGUGGCUCGUUACCAAAGAGCGUCUUAGCAACGAUAUUCACUUCAGAACAAGAAGAUAUUCUCUCUCUAGAUAGCGAACUUGAGAACCCAGACGAAAGUGUGCCAAGCAGUGAAACACCAGUUCUUACGACGCCACAAAGAGACAACUUAGUGCCAAUAACAAUUUUCAAUUUUAAACGUGCAAAGUUUACAACGUUGGUAGUGGUCGAUAUUAGAGUAACGGUGGCUGCUAGGAUGAACAUAUUUUGUUUCAGUACAACGGAAAAUGUAUGCGGUCUCUUUGUUAGCACUAGCCGAAGGAGAAAGAGAGCUGCCGGCAACCAACAGUUCAGUGAAACUGAUGUUAUAGUCGAUGCCAACGUUACGGAGUCUGGGAAUAAUACGGUGGUAGGUGCAGUUGUCAACGAACCAGGAACUACAACUCCCGUUAAAACCGAUGUUGUUGAAGAUGCUUUACAUCAAACGUUACAAGAAAAUGGUGAAUCAGAUAUUUCCAGUCUCACUAUUGGUGUCGUCAAUACGCCCACUGUAUCGGAAACUCAGGAAAAUAACGCAGCCAGUGUAAGGUUAACCAAUACGAAUGCAAGUCAGUGGACACUGCAACAAGAUAUUUCAUUCCGACACAACAUGUCCCAAGCAAUUAUCCAAUUUUGUGGUGAAAGUGACGCACGAUUGGCCUCGUGCAAUCUUACGAGGGCCCAGGUUGAUCAAAUAAGUUUUCAACAUAUACAGAUAUUGCCUAAUUCGCCCACACAAGAUGGCAACGACGCAAUACUAUCAUUUUUCGUUAAUCUACCAGAUGGAACAACAAUGUCUUCUGGUCUCGUAUCAACUAUUUACAGUGUGUCGGCAAAUGUUCUAUCAAAACCAAGUGAUAUUGUUUCAACAAGCAAAAAUACCAACCUUACAAGAGUGGAAACGGAAAAUCUCAUACAGCUUACAGUCGAGGGUAUGGCGAAGCAUCCCGAUGAUGCCGUUAGGUUAGAUAUCCAGGUCGCGAUUGCCGACAGGUUGAAGGAGUAUUGUGGCAGAAAUUCUGGGGCAACCAUUUGUCCCACUAGCAGGGCAUUCACCAACGACGACAUUGUUGUCCAAAUUGAUCAAGACACAAGAGACGUUAGCUUCGUCGUAAAAGAUCCAGACAACCUUGAAGGAUCACCAAUUUCAUCCAUUGAUGUCCAAGAGGAAAUAAAUGGAAACUUCACUACCAAAAUACUCGGCCUUAAAUUGAGAAUAACACGACUGUUCACCGAAAACGCAAUUCAUGUGGUGUUGAAAAAUUUCCAAGUCGAUGAGCCUUAUAAUAAAUUAACAUGA